AGGUGACUAUUGCCUAUAAGUGCUUGGUUUGAGCAGCUUUCAUGUCACCGUCAUACGCAUCAGUGUUUGAUAAAUGCAAAAGAAAGAGGCCGAUGGCUUCACGGUCAUCCUAUACAAGAGAAGAUGGUUUUCGCUACUGAUAUUUUGUCUGUGUUCAUUUGGGAAUGCUUAUCAGUGGAUUCAUUUGAAUAUAAUUUCUGAUAUUGUUCUGUUUUUUUGGGAUGCUUCCAUUCCAGGGUCAUCUGUAGAUACCAAGACAAUAUCUGUAGAUUGGUUGUCAAUGAUUUAUAUGCUCGCUUAUAUUCCAUUGAUAUUUCCUUCUAAUUGGAUACUGAAUAGAUGGGGCCUGCGUGUAACUCUGCUAGUUGCCUCAGCUUUGAAUGCAGUCGGUGGUUGUAUUAAAUGUAUUGCGGGUGCAGUUACGUAUGAAACAACGUUUGGACAGUCUAAUGAAUCUAUUCCAUUCAGUAAUAAACUUGGUUUUCCAAUACUUAUGGCUGGACAAACUAUUUGUGGAAUAGCUCAAUCCGGUAUAUUGGGUAUACCAGCCCACUUAGCAGCAGUUUGGUUUGGAGUGAAUGAAGUUUCAACGGCUACUGCACUUGGUGUAUUCGGGAAUCAACUUGGUGUUGCAUUUGGUUUUCUAGUACCACCACUUAUUUUACCAUCGAUACCGUAUAGUUCAAAUGGAACUAAUCAAAUUGAUCCAACAACAGAUAUGAAUGAAUUAUUCAAUAAAAUUAAACACUAUAUGAUGAUUAUGCUGUAUUUUAGUGCUGCUUUAAAUAUUCUUCCAUUUAUAUUUGUAUUGUUUGGUUUUCGUGCAAAACCUAAAACUGAACCAAGUUUAGCACAAUAUAAACGUAGUGGUUCAUCGGUUAUUCAUAAAUUACAUAUAAAUGAUCAAUUAUCCAUUGAUAAUAAACCUUCAAAUGGAAUUCAUUCAAUAGUCAAUAAUAAUGGUCUACACGAAAAGAACAACAAUAUUGAUAAAGAAUUCUAUACAAAACCAUUAGACGCUGAUCAACAAUAUCCAGCGCUUAGUCCAAAUGAACAUUCAAUAUCAUCAACAAAACAGGAUACCCUAAAUACAAAUGAUUCAAUAAUGAAUAAUUUUAUUAUCAAUAUUGAUGAUAAAAAUGAUAUCAGUAGUAUAGAUAAUUAUUCAUAUCAAUCAUUACAAAAUAAUCCUAGAAAUGAAACUAUUUCAAUGGCAUUAAAACGUUUGUUUAAAAAUACUCCAUUCAUUUUAUUGUUUAUUAGUUAUGGUAUACUUACUGGUGUCUACUAUGCUGUUGGUACAUUAUUAAAUAGUAUUUUACUAGGAUAUUUCACAAAUUCUAAUCUAUCUGGUUGGGCUGGUUUCACAAUGAUUAUUGCCGGUAUAUUUGGAUCAGUAAUAACUGGUGUAAUUUUAGAUAAAACAAAAAAAUUUAAACUAAUCACAUGCAUUAUAUAUAUACUAAGUUUAUUGUUUAUGGGAAUCUUCACUGGAAUAUUAUAUUUUCGUUCAAUGCCAAUAGUCUUUAUCAUUAUGUUCUGUUUAGGUUUCUUUAUGACCGGUUAUUUAAGUAUUGGUUUUGAAUUAGCCGCUGAAUUAACUUAUCCAGAAAGUGAAGGUUUAUCUUCUGGUCUGUUGAAUACAUCAGCACAGAUAUUUGGCCUUAUACUGAUUCAUGUUGCAACACCAUUGAGAACAAAUUAUGGAGUUUUGCCUGGAAAUUUAUUCCUUACAGGAUUAACACUAAUUGGAACAAUAAUGACAGUACUAAUUAAAGAGAAUCUUUAUCGUCAACAAGCACAUGAACGUAAGAAGGCUGAAAAACAAAAUGUUCCCGAUGAAUAGACUUUUAACAAAAGAAAUUAAUAAAGAUCUAAAUGUCCAACAUAAUGAAUUCAAUGAAACAUGAACAACUUUACUUUCUCAUUUUUUUCAAAAAAUUUUGUUCUUUUAAAUAUUAGAAUGAAUAAUUUCCCAAGUGCUCAAAAUUAUGCAAUACAAUGAUCAAUAUCGAUAUGUGGUUGUGUGUGUGUGUGUGUACGUGUGUAUUAUCUCUCUCUAUAUAUGCAUAUAUAUGCAUAUCUAUUAGAACAAUUCUGUUGAUGUAUUUCUUUUUGUACUAACUCUCCCUCUCGUACCAUCUCCAUCAUCACCCCUAUCCCCAUCAUCAUCAUCAUCUCCAUCCCCAUCAACAUGUGAAAUAAAAUCAUGAAUACUUGGUAAAAAGAAAACAACAAAAUCUCAGAUAUCGACUAUCAUUUACAUUCAUUCUUUAUUGUCAAUUUUUUUUAUGAAGAUGUUUUAUUUUUUAAAGUGGAAUCAUUCAGUGAUCUUUUGUUUUGUAUCUAUGUGUGUGUGUGUUUGUUUGUUUAUGUGAAUAUAUUCACAUCUGUUUUUAAAAAAAAAUUUUUUUCUUUUUGAUAGUAACACUGAUUACGUAAUUUUCUACUACUACUACUACUAUUAUUCUUAUUCUUAUUAACCCGAUCUCGUUUUGUUCUAUUUUGUGACUGUAUUAUUAUUAUUUUUUGUUUCUCAUACUGAAUUAGAUUAGAUUUGUCUUUUUGUUUUUCUAUUACAUAACAUGAAUCUGACAAAGAGAAAAUAAACAAGAAAGAGUAAACAAAAGAAAAUGGUAGAGAGAAAAAUGACUACCUUCAUUGUGUUGUUUUUUUUAUUUUCGGUUCAUAUUUCUAAAAUGUUCACUUGUUUGUAUGUUUCACUCUUUUCUUCUUCUUUUUCUUUUUUUUUCUUUUUCACAGUGGCUUAUUUUCUCUCACACAGAGUUUGUUGUUACGUUUUCUUUCUGUUUUUUUCUUUUUCAUAGUGGCUUAUCUUCUCUCACAUAGAUUGUCAUUUCGUUUUCUUUCUGCUUUUUCUCUCUUUUUUUCUUUUUCACAGUGGCUUAUCUUCUCUCACAUAGAUUGUUCUUCCGUUUUUUUUCUUUGAUAUGUUUUACCUUUACACUAUAAUUGUUAUAAUCAUUAUAAAUUCUCUUUAUAAAAUAUGGAAUUAGAUCAUGUUGACAAGCAGGUAAGCAAAUGUUUGUUUUGUUUUUUUAUACAAAUAAAUGAGUUUUGUUUGUUGUCUGUUGGUUACUGUUUAAAAGCUGAUCUUUUCACUGUGUGUAUAUCAGUAGAUGAUAGUUUAUACCUUUUAAACAAUCGUAAUAAUGUUAAGUAUGUAAUAAUGUGUGAAUAUUAUUGAUGAUAUUGU